ACCGUUUAAUUUUUAACACAAUUUCUAAAAAUUAAUGAUCAGAAAAGUAUAUUUUAAUAAAAGUAGAGUUGAGACAAAUAAUUUUUUAGAUCUCUAGAAUCUUGGGGAGGGGGGAGGCUAAGACCGCUAUUAGUCAAAUCUUAUCUUUGAAACCAUUUCAACUAUUUCAAGUACUGUCUUAAGAUAUCAUCAACCAAUCACAACCAAUAUCUUAAGACAUUGUUUUCAAUCAGAGCUGGGCAGCAAUCGUGUAACUUUUUCCUUAGGGCGGAAACGUGAAAAGUUUCAUGUAACUAUCUCUUUCUAUUAGUGUUGAAUAGAAAGAGACAGUAACUUGAAACUUUUGACUUUUCAUGUUUCCACUCUAGGGGAAAAAUUACACGAUCGAUAGCCUGGGCAGCGAUCAUGUAAUUUUUUCUUUAAGGCGAAAACGUGAAAAGUGAAAAGUUUCAUGUAACUAUCUCUUUCUAUUGGUGUUGAAUAGAAAGAGACAGUAACUUGAAAUUUUUCACUUUUCACGUUUCCGCCCUAGAGGAAAAAUUACAUGAUCGAUACUCUGAGUUAACCCGUUUCAGGUUCUUUUCUUUUAGGGACAGAAUUAGACCGAUCUUAUUCAAGAUCCAUCUUAAGUACGAUCUUGAGAUGUUAAUACUUUUAUUUCGGUUAAAGCCUUCGGCACACAAUACAAUUUUUCAUGCUAGAUCGCAUACGAAGCAUCUUAAUACGUGUCCUGAUUGGCUCAAAUGAUUAUGUCACCAAUCAUAAGUCAAUGAGGAGCAUAAAAAAAUCGUAUCGUGUGCCGAAGGCUUUCUUAAGUCUGCUCGUGGCUAGACUUUAGUUUCUUGAACUAGUUAAACUUAAGAUCGGUCUAUGAAUUCCGUCCUAGAACUAGCCAAUCAUAGUUAUUCCAUUCUUCAGAGGAAUAAUUGUGAUUGGCCUUAUAAUUGGUCAUUAAUCGCUCCCGGAGCAAUUAACCCAGACUGAUUGGAAAUGCUAAUAGUCUUGAAAUAAAAUUUGACUAUGAAUACCGGUCUAAAUACUGGCGGAUGAGCUUUCGUUUAGGUUACUCGAAUGACAGAACUUGGCACGACCAAUCAGGACAAAUCAGCCUGCCAAUUCGUCCAAGUGUACCAUUCGAAUGGAGGAUUAUAAGCGGAGUAAUUUCUUUCCAAAGUUAUCCUCAAAUCGCGUGCAUGUGAGAUUGGAACAUUACGUUCUCCUAAUAAUUUUGAUAGUUUUUCGACGUGCAACUUUAAUCGUGAUACGUUUAAGCCAGAAAUUUUGAAACCGGAAGUGAAAGCUUCUAACGUUAUUCUUAAAUAAUUAUCAGACCUAUUAAUGUCGCAUCUUUAUAUUAUAAAAAUUAAAUUAUUUUUGUAAUGCAAGUUGCAAGAGUUAAUUUUUUUGUAUUUUAAAUUAGAGAGUAUUAAAUCAUCCGACUCAUCUUUCCAUUGUUUUACUAACUGGGGACUUAUCUUUAUAAAUGCUGAUAACAUCAGUAGAGGAAUGGAUUUCCCCUGACAAGUUCAGUUCCGGAGCGCAGAGUGAGCAGAAAUUCUUCUUUGUUCUUCUUGGCAUUUGGUGCCACGUACCACGGGAUCUCUACAUCAUUUUUCUCUUUUUACUUUAAUUGUGAUUUCUUCAAUGUUUCAAGUAAAUGUGUGAAAAUAAUAAGAUACAGUGAAAAAUAGUGGAGCAGAAUAUUUAAAUUUUGCUCCAAUAAAUAAUGUUGUGACUUUGAAUAGUGCAGAAAUUAUAUCAGACAACCUUAUACCAUUGUUUUGAUAACGACAAGAGAACAUUUUAAAAAAAUCGUCGGGUACAGUACGAAUUGCAGGAUGGCUAAUAAUAAGUCAAACAUUAGCUUGUUACAAGAAGUAUUAAUUAAGAAAGGAUAUGUUCCUAUUUACCAUUUUAUGGAGAAAAACAUUGAUAUGAUCAGCAAACAAUUUGUAUGUGUUGUGUCUUGUAAAACAUUCAAAGCAACUGGUACAGGGAAUUCCAAAAAGCAAGCCAAACAUGAUGCUGCAAAGAACAUGCUGUCACUAUUGGUCGAAAAAAAUGAAAUUUCAUUACCGGUUGAUAUUUCAUCAUCGUCUUCAGUUACAAACGUAGCGCAAAAUCCUGUGCAAAGUCUUGCAAAACUACAAGAGAUGUUUUCAUCGCAUCAACAAAUUCCUGCGCAAAGUUCUGCAAAAGUCUAUGAGAUGUCUUCAUCACAUCAACAAAUUCCUACACAAAAUUCUACAAAAGUCUACGAGAUGUCUUCAUCGCAUCAACAAUCGGCCACUGGCUGUAAUUAUGUUGGAAUGUUGCAAGUAAAUGUCGAAUUCUGUCAACAGGGACAAAUAAAUGUGAAAGAUAUUAUUUACAAUGUUGUUUAUGAGGGAGGACUACCUCACAUGAAGACAUUCACGAUAGAAGUUAGUUUGGGAUCACUACGGGAGAGAGGUAUGGCAUCGUGCAAGAAGUCUGCUAAACAAGAAGCCGCAAGAAAGUUGCUGAUGCAUUUGAAACAAAAACUGGCUAAUUCAAACGUAGAUCAGAAUGCAACUGAGCAUUCAAGUGGAGCUACUUCAAAUACAGCUAAUUCAGAUCAUUUAAAUCCAGCAAAUACAACUAAUCUAAAUGUAGCUAGCUUAGAAAGAAUUCAAUCAAACAUAGCUAAUACAAACAUCCUAACAAAUAAUAUCAAGGUAAAUGAUAUUGACAAGGAAACACUUAAGAAUACAAUACGAGAUUUAGGUACAGAAAUAUUGGACAGUGUGACUAACAGGAAAGAAACUUGCGCGAUAGAAGAGUUAACAGAAAAGGCAAAGUCACUCUACAUUGAAAGUUUCAACAAGAGAUAUAAUAGGGGACUCGAUCAUAAUACCGAUCCCUCCGAGAUCAAUAGUUCUCAUACCCUAUUCGAAAGGAAUUAUUCCAUUAAGAUUCCAUACGAUACGAGAGAGAAAAUGCGGAUUGUACGGGAUAGCUGUGUCGACGCGAUGAAUCUGAUGCGCGAGAUCGGACGAGACCUUGAGAGUUUAUUAAAAGUCAAGCUACAACAAUUUCCUGUGUGCAAUACGGAAAAUAAAUUAAUGAAUAAUCACAUUAUGUGCGCACGCCUGCUGUCCAAUCCUUGUAUCACACAGAUAGGCAUAGGUAAAACUCGAGCAAUAGCGGAAUCUCGUGCCAUGUAUAACCUCAUAACGGCUAUUUUAAUACUACUAGAUGCUUGAAUUUCAUAAUUUUGAAUAUAUUUUUAUAUUAAUUA